UCCGAGCUGAUCGUGGUUAAGUGAAACAUUCCUAGCGCAGAGUCUGCUGUCCGCUUCAUCAUCUUUGAGCUGUUCCUCGUUAUGAUUCUUGCAGAUCGGAACGUGCGAUAACACCCAGGUACGUAGAAGGCUAUUGGAAGCUAGCGAAAAUUUUCAUGACCGUUGUGACGUUCGCCUUAUCUCCCGUUCGGUCUAUGCUGCCGUGUUCUUAAUAGCUUCGAACUUCUGUACAGUUUUUGCUAGUAAUUCUCAUAAACAAGCGCUGAUGAUCGGCGUGGAGGAGCUCGCUAUAUUAUGGAUUAUAAACAGCCGCGGUACCCGUGAAAAUUCAUAUCAAGGCGUUGGAGCCAAUGACAAGUCUAUGAUAAAGGCAAUGGAGUCUCCAAACCUUCCGAGUCGGACCAUUAGUCCGAUCGGAGAGACAUCCUUUGGAGUCCGAGCCAGAACAUGAUAAUUUCAUGAAAAAUUCAUCUAUGAUAUAUUUGCGCAAUGCAGUC